CGACCCGGCCUAUAUAGAGUUUGCGAACGCUUCCGCAUCUCCCCGACCCUGCGCGAGCUCUCUACAGUUUGAGGCGCUAGGGUUUCUACGCGCCCCUCGAUCUGCAGUGCAAAAUGCCCCGCCACGACGACCGAUAUGGCACGCGAUUGUAUGUCGGCCGACUCUCGUCUCGUACUCGAUCCAGGGACCUUGAAGACCUUUUCAGCAAAUAUGGAAGAGUACGAUAUGUGGAUAUGAAGCACGACUUUGCCUUCGUUGAAUUCAGUGAUUCUCGUGAUGCUGAUGAUGCAAGAUACAGCCUGCAUGGUCGUGAAUUUGAUGGAAGCCGUAUUAUUGUGGAAUUUGCUAGGGGGGGUCCACGUGGCCCAGGAGGUUCACGUGAAUAUCUGGGAAGAGGGCCGCCACCUGGAACCGGGCGUUGCUUUAAUUGUGGUAUUGAUGGCCACUGGGCUCGUGAUUGCAAAGCCGGGGACUGGAAAAACAAGUGCUAUCGCUGUGGAGAAAGAGGCCAUAUAGAAAGAAACUGCCAGAAUAGUCCAAAGAAUCUCUCGAGGCGUGAGAGGAGUGGGAGGAGUUACUCACGAUCGCCAUCUCCUCGCCGUGGUAGGAGCCGAAGUCGUAGCUACAGCAGAAGUCGUAGUUACAGUCGAUCCCGAUCUCCAAAGCGAGAUGGUCGUGGUGCAGAACGCGAUGAGAGGCGAUCAAGGAGCCGCAGUUACAGCCGGAGCCCAAAGAGGAGCCCUGCGCCAUCCAAGGGAAGGAAGCGCAGCCUCUCCCCUAACGGCAGCCGGAGCCCGCCACCUCAGGACCGGACUGACCGCAACGGAUCUGACUACAGCCAGAGCCCGAGGAGGAGGGAUGACAGCCGGAGCCCGGCUGGCCGGGAGAGCGCAAGCCCGGCUGCCGAAGGCCGGAGGUAUCGAAGCCCUGCGGCUAACGGGCGUAGCCCUAGCCCUAGGGAUGAGGAGGAUAAUGGCAACCACCGCACUUCGCCCAGAGGAAGUGAAUCCCCUUGAUGAGAAGCCCUGAUAGUGAGAUCUAAAAACGAUGUUUGACUAUGUAUGCACUAUGCUUUUUUCUUUUCCGUCUUAAUGCUUUGUGUUUCUUUAAUCAGAUCUUCGCACUUAGCUGUUUUCUCGUUUUAGUUUGAAUGGGAGAUAUGGAUUGGUGCUGGCAUUUUUAGUUGCUUCCUUAAUACUCUAAUUGUUUGAGCUGCAA